AUGACUAGAGUACAAACAGAGAAGAAGCAAUACCCCGAGCAGCUGAUCAACAUUUCUCAGGUCCAGAAGUUGAAGCGGGGGUGGAAGAAGUCAGGAGAGAAAUGGGAGAAUCUUCCAAGGGACACGAAGCUGGAUAUUAACAUACCGUUUCUCCAAGCUCUAAAUUUUCCCAUCUUCAGCAAGUUUAUCAAGGAGUUCAUCGCUGGAAAGACCAAACUGAUUGGAGAAACUGUAUCGGCAGUGAUUCAGAAGAGGAGAAUGCCUUCUAAGCGUACUGACCCAGGUGCUUCAAUAAAUGUUUUUCCGCUUUCACUUUAUAAGAAACUGGAGGGAGUCAGAAUGAUUGAUACGAAGGUGGUGAUUCAACUAGCUGAUAGGUCAUGCAUCAGUCCUGAAGGUGUUUUAGAAAACGUGAUGGUUAAGGUGCAUGAUUUUCUGUAUCCUGCUGAUUUCCAUGUUAUUAAGAUGGGUGAGUACCAGUCUGCUGAGUCUAGCGGAGUGCUUUUAGGAAGACCAUUUCUACGCACCGCUAAGACAAUCAUUGAUGUUUUUGAUGGAACCAUUUGUCUAGAAUACCAUGGAGAGAAGUUUACCUUUAACAUUGAUGAGGCUAUGAAAAAGCCAUUGGAUAUAGAAAAUAUGCAUGCUGUAGAUGUGAUUAACCCAUUGGUCCAAGAAUUUCUUGAGACGGAACUGAUGCAGGAACAGGUGGAAAAUUCAGAAUUGAGUCACUCCAUUGACAAGGAAGUGGCUAGCUGGUGUGAGGCAGUCAACACACUGGGAAUGAUGGAUGAAUAG